AUGAGCCAGUUACAUUUUGAGAAUUUGUUUAUCUUUGCCCUCAUGUGGAGCUUGGGUGCCUUGUUGGAACUGGAUGACCGUGCUAAGAUGCAAGAGUUCCUACUGAAGCACAAGUCCAGACUGCGUUACCCUAAACUCGUGGGAGAAGAGACGAUGUUUGAGUAUUUGGUAGCAUCAGAUGGAAAAUGGAUUCAUUGGCGUAAUCGAGUGGAGGAGUAUAUUUACCCUUCUGACUCUGUGCCUCUCUUUUCAUCCAUUCUGGUUCCAAAUGUGGAUAAUGUGCGAUCUGAUUUUCUCAUUGAGACUAUCAGCAAGCAAAACAAAGGUGUACUUUUGAUUGGAGAGCAAGGAACAGCCAAGACAGUUAUGAUACAAGCUUCAAUGGCAAAGGCUAACCCAGAAGAAAGAAUGAGCAAAAGUUUCAACUUUUCUUCAGCCUCCACCCCAGGAUUGUUCCAGAGAACCAUUGAAAGUUUUGUUGAAAAACGAGUUGGUACGACAUAUGGACCCCCAGGUGGAAAAUCCAUGACAGUUUUUAUAGAUGAUAUUAACAUGCCUGUUAUCAAUGAAUGGGGUGACCAGGUUACAAAUGAAAUCACCCGUCAGAUGAUGGAGAUGAAAGGGAUGUACAGCUUGGACAAACCAGGAGAGUUCUUAAAUAUUAUCGACAUAUCCUUCAUGGCUGCCAUGAUCCAUCCUGGUGGCGGUCGUAAUGACAUCCCUGAGAGACUGAAACGGCAGUUUUGUAUUUUCAACUGUACUCUGCCUUCAAAUAGCUCUAUUGAUAAGAUUUUUGGUAUUAUUGGUGAAGGAUACUUUUGUAGCACUCGAUUUGUGAGUGAAGUGGUCGACUUGGUGAAAGAACUAGUGCCUGCUACUCGUGUUCUGUGGCAGAAGACUAAAAUAAAAAUGCUGCCAACACCAGCCAAAUUUCAUUACAUCUUUAAUCUGAGAGAUUUGUCCAGAAUCUGGCAAGGCAUCUUGUAUAUCCAAGGUGACGAAUGUAACAGUGUACGAACAAUGAUCAAUUUAUGGAAGCAUGAAGUCUGCAGAGUCAUUGAAGACAG